UAUAUAAACCCAAAAGGACAGGUCUUCCAUGCUAGUGAUCACUGUGAUUCAGAUCGACAUGCAUGCAAACAUCGUCCUUUUGGGGCUUUUCUUUUGGUUCCACAACGCUGUGGCUCAAAAAGGUCUCCAAUGCUUCGUACCGGGGGAAUGUUUGGACUCCCAAAUUUUGGGAGCCACACCCACCAAUAGUUCGCGAGAAUGUUGGCGUCAUUGCCAAUCCGUAACUGGCUGCACUUGGUUCACUUUCUACAAGGAUUCCCAGGUCUGUACUUCUUUGUCCGGAUGCUUGAGAUUGUCCAAUGAGAAGUGCCAAGACAACUGCCUCAGUGGGGAAGAAGAAUGUCCCGAGGUUCAAUGCGGAAUUCACGGCAGAUGUUAUGGAGCACUGGAAGGCAUCAGGAAAGUGGCCAAUGCCAGAGAAUGUGCCUCCAUGUGCCGACACCGCGAUGAGUGUUUUUGGAACACGUACGAUCCGGAACAUGAAUCGUGCCUGAUGACUAACGACUGCCCUGUCUUGGAUCGAUCUUGUUCCAAUUGUUCCAGUUCGGAACGAGAUUGCGUCGCGGAGAUUGAUGCCAGCAUGAAUACCCCAAACGAGGAUAAUCCAAAAGAAAGGCCGAUUGUCUUGAUGGGGGCAGAUGCCACCUUUACGCAAUAUUAUUAUAAUUUAUAUACCCAAACGACAGAUAAAUGUGAAUUACCCCCAUGUGCAUAUUCAUACUUCGUUCAGUACACCGAAGUUGACAAUGACUUUCUUGGUUGUGCCAAAGGCAGUAUUAACGGUUCCAUUACAAUCACUUGCUACAAGUUCGACACUGAAGAAAAGGCAUGGGACAUUACGGAUUCCUUGAGGCUCAACCAAAGCCAGUUUUUUUCCUUCUUGCCUAUUCCUAAUCGAGGAAUCUUGAUCUUGACCGGGUCCAAGCCCAUCUACAUGUACAGUGGAAUGAAAAUUGAGCAAGUAUCGGAAGGAUUUCCAUUCACAAGCACCUCGUUCAAGGGCUCUUUCUGUCGUACUGUCGUCGCCACCGAUGAAAUCUUCGUCGGAUUCACCCAAUCAACCACUCUUCCCCGCUCAAUAAACAUAGAAACUGGGGUGUUUGAAAAUAUCAAGUUACCAAAUCUGGAGCUAAUGAAUUCCAUUUGUGGGGCAUUUGGACCAGAUGGCAAUCGUAAGGUGGCCAUAUUUGGUGGCACAUCUUUCAAGAAUGGCAAAGCUGAAGGGAACUUCGACCGGACCCUCAUUUUGGAUUGGAAUUCGAAGAAAUUUGAGGACCAUGGUCAAAGUUUGAAGGCAUCGUCUUUUGGUUGGUACGGCCAAACCCUCUCUUACGGAGAUACAUUUCUCUUGUAUGCACCAAGGAAUACGAAAACCGAUCUUUUUAAGUUUGGCAUCAACGGAAACGAGACUUCGGCACAUUAUCUUGGAACAAUUCCAGUUAGAUGCUUGAACGUAGCAUUUAUUCAAGAUGAUGGAUGUUAAUGAUCAGAGAGACGCUGUUGCGCUCUAUUGCAUGAAAUGAAAUGAAAUUAUACAGCAGGCCCAGAAA